UUCCCAUUUGCCUUCCAAACUUAGUGUCUUCCUUCCAAAAUUAGCCUCACUCUGAGAGUAACGGGGUCGCAUCGCUCUGUCACGGUUGCUGCUUUUACUACCGUGGAAUUUCCGGAGUUUUAACUGUUUGAUUUGCCCCCGUCUUUCAUUUCCUAACUCGGUAGGUAUCGGUUUUUCAAGAGAGCGUCUUCAUAUCUCUGGAAAGUAGGGUGGAGAGAGGUUUUUUUUCCCCCCGUCCUCAAAUACCCUGCUGGGUUUGGCUUUCCUUUUGUAUACGCCCCGUGGCUCCUUUUGGAUAACAAGUUUCUGAUCUGUCUGCAAGUGUAUCUCUCAGUGCUGGAAGUAGCGCAGUUAAACCAGGGCUGGAGAAUCUUCGCUGCUUUUUCUCCUACAGGUAAGACGAAUGAUUGUCGUUACGGAAGUGAAGCUCUCUGGAACUACUAGAAGACAACUGACACGUGUUUGAUGGAGUCUCCUAUCUUUUGACUCAUCAAAGGGAAGAAAUAAGACAGACUCAGUAUUCUUCGUGGAUGUGAAGGUGACUCCGCAAGAAGUAGCUGAAAGAGAAGAGAUUGAACAUCAUGGCCAAUAAUAGCCUGCACUCUCCAAUCCCCUUUGGUGCUGAAGAGGAAUAUAAUAGAAUACACAAUGCAACCGAGCUCCCAGACUAUACAGAUUUUGUUGACAAAAUGCCACCAUAUGAUGUAACGGUUGUUAUUAUCCUUGUCUGCAUUAUCCUCCUUAGCAUCUUCGGACUUUUAGGGAAUGGAACUGUCAUCUGGUUUCUCGGUUUUUGCAUGAAAAGGGCUGUUUUCGCAACCUAUAUCCUGAAUUUGGCUGUUGCUGACCUUGGGGUCCUCCUAGGCUUAGUUCCUUGGAGGAUAAUUGUCUUCCUCGAUCAUUUUCAUCCGCAGCUUGUCAAUCUCCAGGUUUACUAUUUAGCGAUCUGUUGCUUUUUCUCCAUGAACCUCAUCGGUCAAUUUCUGCUGACAGCCAUCAGCAUUGACAGCUGUGUUUCUGCCGCCUUCCCCGUUUGGCAUCGAUGUCGCCGGCCACCCAACCUGUCCAUCAUUGUGUGUGCCGUCCUAUGGAGCCUUGCUUUCCUGAUCACUCUAGUGCAAAUCCUGAAUGCCACUGUCAUCUUUGGAGUAGAUUUUGUUUGGUACCAGUUGCUAGUGAGUGCUGUGUUUUGCCUCUCGCUCAUGACUGUUUCCACUAUCAUCCUCUUCAUCAAAGUUUGCUUGAGAUCACAGCAGAGGCAGCAAGGAAAUGUUUUAAUAGCCAUCCUGAUGGUGCUCCUCUUUUCCCUCUUGUUUGCUUCUCCAUUUACCUUCCAUUAUUUAAUAUUUUCUUCCCCCGAUCUCCCAUUUCCUAAUGCACUACUCACUGGGGUCUUUUGCUGCUGCCUAAACAGCAGCAUUAAGCCACUGAUUUAUUUCCUGGUCGGGAGGAGAAAGAGGGGUCAGUCUAGGGAGAGCAUGAAAGUCAUACUCCAGAGGCUUUUCAAGGAGGAGGAAGACUGCAGAGAGGAGGUAGAAGUCCCAAUCCAGACACAGGUGUGAUAUGUUCAAAGUAAUCAGAGAUCUCCACAAUUACACCUCUUGCUAUGACAAUCUAUGUUCCCCUUAGCCCUCUUUUUUGCAAACCUGCUGCUUUUCACUGUUGACUGUAUAAGAAGAAGAAGAGAAGAAGAAUUUGGA